CAUACAUAUACAUACAUAUCAAGCGAAUAUUAUCACGGAAAAUAGUGUAAUUAGGUACGAGAGUAAAAAGUUUGUGUUUGAAAUGAAAACAAAAGUGUCUCCAUUUCUUAUAGAAAAGGAUCGAGGGGACACUAAACUUGACUGACUUUAUAUGUAGAUAGUUUACUGAUGGACAACAUGUAAAUUAUUUGAUGUUUUCUUGCAGGAUAAAAUAUACCCGUCCAUUGAUGACUGAUGUGACCAAUUAGACUUGUCUAACUUGCUAGUGCAAAUGUUAACCAAAACAUUCAUUUUGUUGGAAAUUAUUGAUACGAUUCGAGGAUGUCAAGAUAAUUGUCGAAGGUGAAACAGAAUGACGCACAGGUUCUUCAGACUAGUCCCUUGUCUUGUGCUUAUAUUUGUCUUCAACGACCAGACUGUUAGUUUUGAACAACCUUCAUGGCGGAACAUGGACAAAUUAAGACGGUCCAAUUGUACAACUUGUAAAGAGAGUCUCGUGAUGAACGUGCAAGAAGUACUCCCGCGUCUGACACUUAUCAAACAGCGUAUCCUGAAUGCCAUUGGACGAAAUCCGAUGCCUAUAAAUAGUUUAUCCAAUCAAAUUAAGCCUUUUAAGAUAAGACACGCCACGGAUGUACAAGAAAUACCAAUGACACAGAGGCCCCCAAAGCGUAUUGGAUAUCGUCUUAAUGAGAUUAUAAGUUAUUCAAAACCUGUUUACAACGAUCGAGGAGGAGAUGUGUUGGAAUUCAGUUUACACAGUAAUAAACACUUUGAAAACGAGGAGGCACUUGGAGCGUCUUUGUUACUUUAUGUCGAUAGACGACGAAAAAUUCGAAAAGGCGGAAAAGGAAAGAAAAUUAUAUUAAGAGUGUCCCAGUUAAACGCAAACAAUAAUACGUGGGAAUAUUUGGCAGUGUUACAGACGAGAGUCAAAAAGAGACGAUGGAAGCGAAUAAGUUUACCAGUGAAAUCUGCCCAACAACUUUUAGACUCCGACAAGAAGUCAUUAGAUCUAAAAAUAGAAUGUAUAGGAUGUGGUCGUUUAGUGGAUUUAGUAUUGAACAAAAGCUCUGGGACAAAUAUAGAUAUGUUAGAUGCUUUCAAAGCUGAAAAGGGUAGUGAUAAAUUAAGAAGUGGAAAAAAUUACAGAAAACGAAGACACAAACAGAGAAAGCAGCAAAAACUUUUGAAAAGAAGACAGAAAAACAGCGGUACUCCAAUCUUAGUCAUAAGUACACGUGUAGAAGUUUGACGGCGGCAUUUAUUACGUGUAUGAAUUCAUAACGCCAAUACGUGAUGAUGUAUUAUUUAUUUACGAGUUGUCCUUGUGUUGUCCCUACGUGGAAAAAGACCAUCAUUUGAUUCAAAAACCACUAUAUAGUUAGUGGGGUUCCUUUUUCAAGGAACUCCACUGAGUCCAAAAAGCCUGAAAAUAUAAAACUUGAAAUCCUAGCAUAUAACAAGGGAUCACUUAAAUUUGAAAAAUCUGCAAAAUAUACAAAGAGUUGAAUUGUAAAAGUUUUUUGUACGAUUAUAAUUCCGCGAUUAACGAGAAACGUUGCAACGCUUUUUUUAUGUUUUUUUUUGCCCAGUGAAAACACAUUUUCUGGGAAAGCGGAGAGGGAGAAUAAUCUAAAAGUUUGCACAGAAACAAUUGGUCUAGGCUUAAUGUAAGGGUACACGCGUCUCGAAAAACAUUUCAAAUCCCUUCAUGUCAAAAAGUAUAAGUGGAGUCCUUCUAACUUUUAAUUCUAAUCGCAAAAUGUUUUGCCUUGAGUAUCUAUUAUUGACAUGAUUGUUUGUUCGGGUUGGUUGGUUGUCAAGUGGCACAAAGGUUAUACGGCGACUUUUCAGCUUUACAGGAGAAGGAAGACUUCGGGAACACCUCCGUUAAUUAUUUUAAAACACGAGCAGGCAACUAAGGUGAACUAACAGCGCUCCAUAAGCCAGCUGGACAUAUUCUCUACAUGAAAGAAGUCCCUGGUUGGAUUUGAACCCACACUAAUCUGUCUCAUUGAAUCUUAUCUUACAAAUUAUAUUAAUUAGUUGCAUGUAUUUUCUUCAUACGUGACUCUAAACAUUAGUUCUGUGUGUUAAUUAUUUAAGCACAAACAAAAAUCUAUUUCUUUUCAUAAAUGAUACAGAUAUACACUACAAAUAUAAUUUGUUUUUGUUCGUUUAAAUAAGCUGACCAAAAUCAUUCAAAUUAUGUACAAGUAAUUGAUUAUGUAAGAAAAUAA